AUGGACCCCAUCUCAGCCGGAUUACUUCCGCAAUCGGAUGAAGACAAGUUCCUUUCCUGUUCUCACGAAGAGCGAUGGAACCAUCUCAAGCCAGUCAUUGUCGAGCUCUACACGGGCAGAGGCGGAGGCAGCGAGCGAUCGGCAACUCUGGACCAGGUGGUCGAGUUUAUGAGAACCCAUUACUCCUUCCAUGCGGCGUGCUCCGAGUAUCCACCGCGAUUCCGACUCUGGGGCGUUGGUAAGCGCAUGGUGAAGGAGGACAAGGACGCCAUCAUAGGUGCCCUUGCCAGAAGAAAACGACCUGCAGCGAGCAUGUCCGACGCCACUACCCAGCACAAUGGUCAAAGUAAGGCGCUUGAUCACAAAAAGCUGAAAAGGCAUUUGAUGAGCAUGAAGACCUGUCUCGAACUCACCCCAGGAUUACUGUCGUCAUGGAACCUCCCUUACGCGGCCCUUGUUGCCUCCCUACCCAAGAACCCGGACGAACCCUCCCCGUUCGGACCUCUUGGCCCAACUCCAGACUACUUGCACAUCAAAAGUCCCGAGGAACUCAGUCCCGAUCGUGAGACAGCCGGCCCAUCACCAAAGAUGCAGCUUGUGUUUGAGAAGCACAAAGAGCACUGUACGAGCCUCUUUCUCCAAGGGCACCUCAAGCAGCUCUUGAUUGAUAUGCGCAGAGAAGACCGCAGGACAAUGGUCAACUACUUCCAUGACUUCUACAUGAACGGUUUGAUCCUGGCGAAGAAUUGGAGUCCGGAAUUAUUGAACCCAAUUCCAACACGAGCAUUCUCCCUCAAACCCCGAAUAUCGAAUACAGCUAGUCCAUGGACGCCGUCUGCAUUUCUGAAUCUCUCUUCCGGGCCCUCAUCUCCCGAAGUCUCGAAUAUUUCCUGCCCCCCGACACAACUGUGUAAAUGGUCGAUCCAUGUAAAGUCCACCUAUCAUGUCUCAUACGGCAACGUGAGGCGAAUCUCAUUUAUCGAAUCUCUGCACCGAUCCAUGGACUCGAAUGACUUUACUACCACACCGAAAGCAGACCUCCCUCUCGCCCAGGACAUGAUUGCGAAGUCUUUGGAAGGGAGCCCAAGCCCUCUUCGAAUGGAUGCCUGGAAGCUGGCGAUAAUGGCAGGAAAUGUGGACCUUUUGUUCCAGCUUUAUCGGAACAACUAUGAUCAGUCGCCUCAAGGAAUUGAGGCUAUUUAUCCUUUCCACCUUGCCGCUGCAUUCCUGGAUGGCGGCAACGAAUGCUGCGGGAUGUUUGCUGCCUUAUCCAGGAUCCUUCCCCCGCCUUUUACUUUUUCCCACAACAUUGAUGAUCUUGGCCAUACAAUUCUGGAUGCUCUGGUAGUGUCUAUACUUCGCUCCCACACUAGUGUUCACCCGGACGAUGUCAGCUACGGAUUUCACUCACCCAACCGAUUUCCUGGGGAGGAAAAAGACAUCUGCGGUAGAUGGGAUGCAAGUAGUUCGAAUGUCCGCGAGCUCUUCAAACAAGGAUAUGCUCGGAUCCCUGCCAAAUGGAAACAUCCCUUCUGCCACACAGCUGUGCAAGCCAUUUGUCACAGCAUAAUUGCCAUCUUUGCAUCACCGGCCUCCCCAAACAUCAACACGCAGAGCGGCCUCUUUGUGCGUCGUUGUACAACAUGUGGUCUGGAGCUCAAACUCGGGCCACUUCAUACUCUCGUCGUUACAGCCUUUUACCUGGCGCAGUCGGGGAUGCCAGAGGAGACAUUGUUUGGAGCACUUGCGGUAAUGGUGUGCCUUAUUACCCUCGGCGCAGAUGUUUCCGCCAAGGCGAAUGUUUCUGUUGCCGAGAUUUUGAAGUUUCCAGAUAAUGGGCAAUGUCGUCACACGACCUUGUCUCCGCUUGAGCUCAUGCAGGCUGUUCCGGGAGAUGUCGUUGAAGUUUGGAGCGAAAAGUGCCGGACUGGCUGGAGUUGUCUCAUUCAAGUUUUGGCCCUUGCUGUAGCGGAAAAACGUCAAAAUCCAAGCAGCCCUCAACAAAGAAGCUCCAUGAGUCCACCGAUGAACGGGUCCCUAGGGACACCAGUUUCAGUCUUUGGCAAGUCCUCGGAUGUUGACUCGUGCGACAUAGAAUUCGAACGAAGAAUUCACAAGUACUGGCUUAAGCUCCCAUGUACCGGUCCACGAAUCGGCCUCCUCUGGGCCUCGAUUCAGACUGAGCUUCUUACCUACCGUAGGUUGAGCGAGGGAGAGGGUUGGGUGUCUGAGAAUUUUUCUAUGGACGCACUCAAGGCGUGGCUAGAAGGACACUCCUCAGAGUUUUCAACGCCUCUAGUCCAAAACCAGAUGUUCAAAGCGCAUACCUGCUGCGGAUGGUUCAAUCAUGCUCCUGACUUCCUCUUCCCAAAUGCUGAGGAAGUCUGUGCAGAUAUCAACGAGGAAUGUUCAUUUGAAGCCGGGAAACAACGCAAGAAGCCAUUCUAUUUCGUCUCAGAAGAAGAGUAUCGCCUGCUCUACCAGCUGUGUCAGCAAACCUUUCCCAACCAGCCCUUGUCCAUUUCCAACCUACGAGAAUUGAUCUCUCAAUCCGUCAAUGUGGACCCCCAAGGCGCGUAUUCGCCUCGUCUCAUCAAGGAUAUGCCAUCGUGCAGUUCUGAAGCCCCCACGGCGGCCUCGCCUCAAGGACCAGACGUCCCACUACCCGAGAUUAUCAACCUUCAUAAUGACCUCGGCUGUCUGAUGGUUGACGCACAGGGAAGUUACCGCUAUAUGGGUGCAGAGUCUGGCGUGGGCUUCAACACGGCCGUGAGGUCUUGGGUUUUCAAUGCUGUCCACGACAAAAACAAAGACAGGAUACCGUCCAUGAUCAAAGUGGUCAUGCCCAAGGCAACUUCCCGGCUUCAACUUGGCCACCAGGCGUGGGAACCGGCCAAAUUGCCAUCAAAGGACGUUAUUCUGGCAUGUUCAAGUCUGUACUUUGAGGAGGUGCACUCUAUGUACUGGCUUUUCUCCUCGGAGGAUUUUUACCUGCGUCUCGAGAACACGUACUCAGACCCCGAAAGCCUACACUCUAACUCUUGGCUUUGUUCACUCCACAGCCUGGUGGCACUUUGCAUCUCAGGGAUGCCGGCAUCCGAUGAGUUAUCCCACGUACAGCUGGCCCAUGUCUCAUUAGAGUCGGCAAAGCUGUAUGCAUCCAGAGUUACCGACGAAGCAGAUCUUGAUAGUAUCAGAGCUCUAGUUCUGUUGGCGCUGGCGUUGCAGUCCAAUGGAUACCUCAAUUCGGCAUACUUGCAAAUUGGAACUGCUGCUCGCAUCGCCUUCUCACUUGGCCUGCACCUGGACAAGUACUCGUCUUCAGACAGCCUUGUAUCGAGGGCAUAUGCGCGUCGUCUGUGGUGGACCUUGUUUCUCUUUGACCAUGACAUAUCUCUUCAGAUGGGGAAGCCAUGCAUGUCGGGGUCAUCGGAUGUCUGCCAUUGGCGACCUCCCUUGCCUUCUGAACAGAUUGUUAGCCCCGGGUCUUUUACGCCUCACGAUUAUCUUGGGUGUUGCGUCAGCCUUGCCCAACUCACAACAGAGAUCCGACAUAAGCUGUAUAAUGGACCCAUACAGCAAGGUCAGGGUUUGAACCGAUGCCACGUCGACGACUCUUUGAAGUCCCUGAACAAAUGGCUCCAAGAUCUACCACCACAUCUUGACCGGGCACCGCCAGUGUCACCUCGGUAUCGGCGAUGCGUCGCGCUGCUGCAUCUUCGAUACUGGAGCACAGUGAUGCUUGUCACCAGACCCUUUUUACUCUGUCGCCUUUUGCGCGGUAAUGAAUUGGUUGACACCGACAAGCGGGAGUAUUUUGACGACCUGGCGAAAACUUGCGUGUCUGGUGCUACAACUUCCAUUUACAUCCUGAACGAAAUGGUCAACCAGGCAUCCAUUUCUAGUUUGGUACUAUUUGACUUCUUCCUUGCCUUGGCCCUGCUUCAAGUCAUUCUCGUUGCGUUAACUCUAUUCCCUGCUGAAGAUCACCAGCAUGAUGUGAGACGAUGCAUCUCUAUUCUGAAAGCUAUCGGCGCCCAUGGCUGCCCAAAGCAUCUCCUUCCGGAGACCCUUUUUGAGCUUGAAAGGCUAGGACUUUAUAGCGACAACGAUGGCCAAAGCCAUGAUUCUUGCACCGAGCCACUACAGAACCUCGACGACCUUCCUGAGCCGACCAACGACGACUUCAGGACAUCGGCACAGCAACAUUUCACCGAAGAUUGGAAUCUGCUUACCAACUUUGACUUUUUCGACGUCACGACGGACAAAGAUUUCAUGGAUCAACUGAUGGAAAUCUCAGGCUCGUUCUCCCACGAAGUAUGA